AUGAGACUACAAGCUUCCUCAGGUGAAACAGAGCCCCUUACACCACAAUGUAAUCUCCCUCAGGAGACCCAACGCUCUUUAAGGAGAAUCCUGAGCUCCCCCGUGAGAACCAUAUACCUCCAUCAGAAGAACGAGAGCUCCCUCUGGAGAACUAGAGAUCCUUCAGGAGAACCAGAGAUCCCUCAAGAUCCCUCAGGAGAACCAGAGAUCCCAGAGGAGACCCAGAUAACCCUCAGGAGAACCAGAGAUCCCUCAGGAGAACCAGAGAUCCAGGAGGAGAACCAGAGACCCUCAGGAGAACCAGAGAUCCUAAAGGAGACCCAGAUAACCCUCAGGAGAACCAGAGAUCCUUCAGGAGGACCAGAGAUCCCUCAGGAGAACCAAAGACCCUCAGGAGAACCAGAGAUCCUAAAGGAGAACCAGAGAUCCCUCACUAGAACCAGAGAUUCCUUAGGAGACCCAGAGAUCCCAGAGGAGAACCAGAGAUUCCUCAGGAGAACCAGAGAACCAGAGAUCCAAGAGGAGAACCAGAGAACCCUCAGGAGACCAAGAGAUCCCUUAGGAGAACCAGAGAUCCCAAAGGAAACCCAGAAAUCCCUCAGGAGAACUAGAGAUCCCAGAGGAGAACCAGAGAUCCCUCAGAGAACAAAAGCUCCCCUCAAGAGAACCAAAGCUCCUUCAGAAGAACCAGAGGUUCCGCGUGAGAACAAGAGGUCCCUCAACAGAAUCUGGGCUCACUUUGGACAACCAGAGCACUCUGAGACAUGA